CGGUUUAUAAGCGUAACCUAAAAUAAACCGAUCGGUUUGUUUUAGUUAUAAGUUGAACUAAACCCUAAAUCGGUUUCGUAAAAUCUCUCUCUCACAAGUCACAGCCUUCGUCCUUGUCCUUGGCUCGCUUGUUCUUCUUCCUCAAUCGAAUCGGGUUCUCUCAUCUUCUCCCAAUCUAUUUGUCUAAUCUUUGUCGUCAUCUCACCAUCUCGCGGAGUUCUUUUGAGCCGAUCGCGUCUUCUGUGGUUUAGAAGAAAUGUUCUAUCUAAGUGAGCUCGAACAUUCACUAAGAGUGCCUCCGCAUCUACUUAACCUCCCACUCGAAGAUGCCAUUAAGUCAGUGCUUCAGAAUCUCUUCUUGGACAAGGUUUUAGCAGAUUUAGGGCUUUGCGUAUCUGUUUACGACAUUAAAUCAGUAGAAGGAGGCUUUGUUUUACCCGGUGAUGGUGCUGCCACCUAUAAGGUAGUUUUUAGAAUUGUUGUCUUUCGUCCAUUUGUUGGUGAGGUCAUUGCUGCAAAGUUCAAAGAGUCUGACGCCAAUGGCUUGCGCUUAACACUUGGAUUCUUUGAGGACAUCUAUGUGCCAGCUCCACUUAUACCGGUACCCAACCGCUGUGAGCCUGACCCUGAUAUUUUUUCAUUUUCUUAUUAUUAUCUUUUUCUUUUUGAUACACUGAGAUCUUGUCUCCUAAAAAAAGGAAAAAGUUGCAAAACAUUUUGUGUUGAGUGGUCAUGUAUUUCUUUAUAAUAUUACUAUUUUCUGAUUUUUA